GCCCCUCCGGCCUGUCAGCCAACUGUCAUGGCGGCGCCCUGUCGGAGGUUUACUUCACGGUGAAACUCAACCAGCAGAUUAUUUCAGGAUGAGCUGAAAGAGGAAAGUGGACUCUGUCAGGUGAGAAGUGGAACAGAAGCACAGCUUCUUUCUGAGCCUGGUGACGUAGCUCGGACUGCUGUCAGGUGCUCGUGGGAAACUGUGGGACCAUUAUUGAACCUUGACUGUUGUCAGAUGUUGCUCCGUCCCUGAAUGCACCAACCAGGGGAGCCGCUCCACCUGUGUCACCACCUGACGAUAAACAAAGAUAAUAAUAAUACCUGAGCAGAGACGAACCUAACAGGACGUCUGUGUGUAGAAGGUGUGUGCGCUUCCUGUCUCUGUGCCGGACUCUGGUUGGAGGAAGCAGCUGCUUCAAACCUCACCGAGCUACAAAAACACCUUUCAGGACUUCAUUUCAGUAGUUCAGGUAUGAAUGUGAUGUCAUCAGUGAUGCGGGGCGCCCGGCGGCUCGUCCACGCCGACCCGGCUCUGCUCAGCAACUUCCUGCCGCUGCCCCUCCUCUGUCCUGCUCGAAGCUCCGCCCCCCUGCUCACCUGUCAACAGAACAGGAAGUUCGCCUCCAAACAGGUCAAAGGUCAGAAGAAAGAGCCGAAGGUCAAAGCUAAAGUGGACAAACAGGAAGUGGAGAUCAAACAGAGGAUGACGGUGGCGGCUCUCGCUGAGGCCAUGAACAAAGACUUUGAUCACGUGUUGGAGGCUCUGUUGAACACCUCGGUGGAUCUGGACUCUCUGGAGCCGGACUCAGUUCUGGAGGAGAGGUGGAUUAAGGAGGUGGUGACUCGAUCAGGGAUGAAGUUCAGGUGGGCCAAGCUGAGCGAGAGCAGAGAGAGACCCAACAGAGACGUCCACCGGAGACCCCCAGCAGACCCGUCCAGCCUGGUGUCCCGCCCCCCGGUGGUCACCAUCAUGGGUCACGUGGAUCACGGUAAGACCAGCCUGCUGGACAGCCUGAGGAAGAGUCAGAUCGUCUCCACGGAGGCCGGAGGAAUCACGCAACACAUCGGAGCUUUUCUAGUGCAGCUGCCUACAGGUGAGAAGAUCACCUUCCUGGACACUCCAGGUCACGCCGCCUUCUCCUCCAUGAGAGCCCGCGGAGCCAACGCCACCGACAUCGUCAUCCUGGUGGUGGCGGCCGACGACGGCGUCAUGAACCAGACGGUCGAGUCCAUCCAGCACGCCAGGAGAGCCAAAGUUCCGAUGAUCGUGGCGGUGAACAAGUGCGAUAAACCUCAGGCCGACCCUCGGAGAGUCAAACAGGAGCUGCUCGCCCACGAUGUCGUCUGCGAGGAGUUCGGAGGAGACGUCCAGGCGAUCCACAUCUCUGCUCUCAAGGGCGACAACCUGCUGGCUCUGGCCGAGGCCACGGUGGCGUUGGCGGAGGUUUUGGAGCUGAAGGCGGAGCCCAGCGGCCUCGUGGAGGGACUCGUCAUCGAGAGCCGCUCCGACAAAGGCAAAGGUCCUGUAACGACAGCCAUCGUGCAGCGGGGGACGCUGAGGCGAGGUUGCGUCCUGGUGGCGGGGAAGAGUUGGGCUAAAGUCCGUUUCCUGUUUGACGAGAACGGGCGAGCGGUGACGGAGGCCGGGCCGAGCGCCGCGGUGGAGGUGGUGGGCUGGAAGGAGCUGCCGUCUGCUGGAGAGGUUAUCCUGGAGGUCGAGUCUGAGCAGCGAGCGAGGGAGGUGGUGGAGUGGAGGAGUUAUGAGGAGGAGCAGCAGAAGCUGCAGGAGGAGCAGAGCGUCAUCGAGCUCAAACAGAAACUACACCUGGAGGAGUACAGGAAGGAGAGGGCGGGGCUAACUCACCUGAGCUGGAGGCAAAGGAAGUCCGCUCUGUACCGAGCCAACAAGAGCAAGUUCGCCGUGAGGCCGAGCGAGAGGACGCAGAGAGACGAGCCGAGCCUGCCGCUCAUCAUCAAAGGUGACGUGGACGGGUCGGUGGAAGCCAUCUUGAACAUCCUGGACAGUUAUGACGCUCAGCAGCAGUGUCAGCUGGAGGUUCUGCACUUCGGCAUCGGAGACGUUUCAGAGAACGACGUCAACAUGGCCGAAACAUUCACAGGUUCGAUUUACGGCUUCAACGUGGCGGCCAGCCGCUCGAUCCGGCAGCUGGCGGCGAGGCGAGGCGUCCCGCUGCGACUUCACGACGUCAUCUAUAAACUGAUCGACGAGCUGAAGGACGAGCUGAGCGGCAAACUGCCGCCUCUCCUGUCGGAGCGCGUCCUCGGUGAAGCGACGGUCCUCGCCAUGUUCGACGUCUCUGUGGGGAAGAAGAAGGUUCCCGUCGCCGGCUGUCGGGUUCAGAAAGGUCAGCUGGACCGUCGCCUCAAGUUCAGGCUGAUCCGAGGCCGAGACACCGUGUGGGAGGGUUCUCUGGCGGCGCUGAAGCACCACAAGGACGACGUCCAGACGGUGAAGGUGGGGAUGGAGUGCGGCCUGUCAGCUGACGGCAACGUGGACUUCAGGCCCGGUGACGUCGUCGUCUGCUUCGAGGAGCUGGAUGCGCCGCAGCUCACUUCCUGGGACCCCGGCUUCUAGUGCUGACUUCACUUCCCAUCAUCCUCUGCUGCUCAGGGCGCACUGACUUCCUGUUCGCACGGAGACUGAAGGACGACGCUGGAUGGAAUCUUUUGAUCGACACCUGUGCCAUAAGUUCUACCUGCAGGAAGUCUCGGAUCAGGUUUGGUCAGGCCGAGGCGCACACCUGGCGCAGAGACGAGCAGGUGUGCUGUCACGCCGGUCUGAGCACGCUCUAAAUGUCUAGUUGACCAAUCAGAUUGGUCGGAACUACUUGUUGUGUAAUAGUAAUGCUGGUUUGCUGAACAUUAUAAGCUUCCUGCAGGUAGAACCGAUGGCACAGGUGAACAGGUGCACCUGAGGAAGCAGCGUCACGCACCUGCAGCUCACUGAGGUCAUAACGUCACAUGUUCCUGAAACACACACACACUUGUUUUGUUUCAGAAGUUUUAAUGAGAGAAAUGAAGUGUGACGGUUACAACAAAACGAUGUUAAACUGAACUGAAAACGCUGCUCUCUGAUUGGACAGUUUGUCUUCACUGUUAAAAACCUGAUUCAUGUUCAAACUGACAAAAAUCAAACAAAUAAAAUCUCAACUUUCACAAACUGAA